CGUUUCGACAUUCUGCGAGGUUCAGGUGUGAGAACUAGCCAAGUGGUGGCAGUAACAUAGUAGCAGUUAUGCCUUAUGGUAUUCUCUGAUCUCAGGAAGAUCCACAUCAAGCGAUGUUCGCCCUCACAUCAUACCUGUACUGUUCUAGCGUAGCGUAGUGUUUUUCUCUCGCUGUUCUUUUACCAAACCAUUUUUUCGAUUCCAACGCGGUGCUGAGCCGGUUGAAGUGUGACGGAGACUUCGGUGUGCUGUGUAGAUGCCCUCUUGUCUGGUUGGAUGCAGUAUUCAUGAAUCCUAGUGGUCGGUGAAUGAAUCCUGAGGCUGCGAGAAUGGCGGAAGAAGCAUGCGGUCUGGAGAAAAAUAGCAGAAGCGAGCGGGCGUUCGGCGUCGAGUCGUGUUGGAGAUGGCACUGUGCAAUCGUGGCUAGUCUUGUCGGCCUUCUCCUGGCCAGCACUCCAUCGCUAGGAGCGAAAGGAUCAUUUCAAUGCCCACCUGGCAAUCAAGGCUGCUGGUUUGUAUACACGGAUGCUUGCAUGUCGUCAACACAGUCGUCGGCGUUUGGUGGUGGCUGCACAGCCCUAGCUACCGUCUCCUGUAGCUCCACCAAGAUACUAUUGGCAAAUCUGCAGGUCAGUGUUGUACAGUACUAUGCUGAGUGUCCCACCAUUACGGAAAUAAAUCUUGAGAAUAAUUCUCUUCGGACGUUGAAAGAUACCUACGCAAUCACCCAUGGAAUGACUGGUUUGAGCAUGCUGGACGUGGCGCGGAAUGAGCUCACCUCUGUGUUCAGUGAUUGGUUUACAAGCAACACCAACCUUAGAUUACUGAACUUAAGUCAGAAUAAGAUCACGUCGGUGGAUGUCCAGGCAUUCGCCAGUCUCAGCCGUCUGGAGGAGCUAAAUUUGUCGGGAAACCGACUAUCUGAAUCCCAGUUGUCAUCAAGCCUAUUUUCUCCACUGAAAGGCCUAGAAAGACUGUUUCUGGCAAACAAUCUCAUCACUGAACUACCUGCAGAUAUAUUCAAUGGACUGGACAGCCUACAAAUGAUCAAUCUUCAAAACAAUCGUAUACGUGUUGUGUGGUCGGAGUCCUUCACUGCAUUCAUGUCCAGACAGGACAGUGUGCUGGACUUAUCAGGUAACAACGUCACAUCUCUGGAAGAAAUGGUCGUUGGCAGUGGCACACUACACUUGUCAAGCAACCCGUUGCACUGCGACUUCAACCUGUGCGAGCUGGUCACUGGCAAAGGUCUGCAGAUAGCUGACCUCAACCAGGCCGAAUGUGCAUCACCACGGACUGUACACAACACACGGAUACAAAGUGUCUAUGAGCGGCUAUCGUGCGGUACAGCUGCAAGCUGCACGCCACACCAGUGCGAAGCCCUGCAGCGUCCCAAGCACGCCACCUGCCAGGGGAACACUUGCACGUGCAACGCACCUCUGUACGUCAGCAACGAUCUGCAGUGCGUAUGCGCGACGGGCGCUAGACGUGUAGACAUUGGCGUGUGCGGCUCGGAGUACGGUGUGACAUGCUUGCUCAACUACACAUGCGAGGAUGUGAACGAAUGUGAGGAAUUGUCCGGGUUGUGUCCCGACGCACAAUGUGUCAACACGAUAGGAUCGUAUGAAUGUCAAGAACCCAUCAGCCAGCCAUCAUCAUCAUCGUCCUCCGCCGCCGCUGCUCCACUCCCUAUCACAUGGCCUGUUCCCAACUGCACGCUCGUGUGUGGUCGUAACGCGGAGUGUGUGAUGGACGCGGCGCGAUCCCAGCGCUGUCGGUGCGUAUUCGGAUUCCGGAGCAGCGGCCCCGAAGGUGGAUGUGCAUCGAUUCGCAACAUCGGGCCCGGUGAGGCACCAUCUCAGCCGACGCCGCACAGCUCCAGCACGGAUAGUCUUGUACUGGUCAUUGCCAUCAUUGGCGGCGUGGCCGGUGUCCUGGCAUUGUUCUUUGUCAUCCUGUAUGCCUCACGGAAGUUCCUGAUACAUCGCAAGAAGACAGUCCUAGUACGUCACGUGUCCCAACGCAGCACAGCCAGCUUCAUGCAGCCUAACCAGGACUAUGAACGGAGUUCAUUGGACAGCAGGACAUUUGGCCAGGCUCAGCACAAGACUGGGAUCAAUCCCAUCUAUGCCAGUGCUAGCGAGUCAGACAAGAAACCCAAGAUCGCACUCAGCAUUCUCUAUGAAAGUGGCCGGCAAAACAAACGUCACAAGUACACCAGUCCUCAGAAUGUUCUGGUCCAAGACAGCCAGCAUCAACCAUCCUCGAGCAUGUUUGGUGGCUUGCGCAGGGUACCUCCUCCUCCGAUCAACACGAUGCUGCAAGGCUCUGUUCUACCCGGAAUGCCACCGCACACGGGUCCCAAACCGGGAGCUAAACACCCUUAUGUUGUCCUCAACGCCAUCAACGGUGAACCUUUAACACCCAUGACUCCACCGUGCAACGUCACAGUCAAUGCCAUGCAUAUGUACGUAUCACCCAGGGACUCGACAGCCACAACGACAUCAUCAGUCAGUGAAAGCGACCUCGACAACCUGGCGCUGCACAGAGAUAGCUUCAAUGCCGAUACGCUGGGAAGGAAGCCCGUUGCCAUGAUACGACCUUAUGAUCAGGCUACAAUCAUGCCGUUCAAACAAGCCGGAUUCCUACCCACGUCACCCAUUGAGAGCAAACCAGCCAUGCAGAUUGUGGACUUGGUGCAGUCUCAGCCGAUGUUGAGGAAAGACCUGCCUCUCCACGCUGUUCGUGAAGAGGUCACACUAAAGCAGCACUCUGCUGCAACAGGUACCACUGCUAAGCCAGCGUCAGAUGUGCAGAGACGAACAACGUCACCCGGUACCGAAAGCAUCGACUCGUAACUUGACCAACUGUUCAAACAUCCUGAUGUCACUCGAUGAAUAGCUAUGAGUAUAGACUUAACAGUCCCAGUAACAAUGCAGUAUUUAUGUUAGCUAUCUGAGACAGAGCUUGAGCAGCACACACGACCCGCUCUUUGAAACGUAACCUCUCUCAACAAGACUCACUUUCUUUCCAAACCUGUAUGUUUUACAAGUAGUAUUGUAACAAAGACUUUCUGACAAUGGGUGACUGGCCCAGAACGUCAUAAUUUUACGACUCGAUAAACUAAUCCUUUCACAAGUGAUUCAGUACAUUGA